AUGUCUUUAGUUGACCCAGGCCGAUCAGACAUCGUCGCCUUUAUGGCAAAGGCUUCUGAAGCUUUAGGCCGCGAUCUUGCAGCACCCAAGGAUGUCUUCGGUUUUGGAGGCAACAACCCACGAUUAACCGACAAGUUUCUGCAACUGGCAAUCGAAGGGAAGAAGACAGCAACAACCUCGUGGCCGAUCCCGCAACCCCUUCACUGGGGCCCAGGCGACUUGUCGGUCAUCCUCAACGGCAAAGGCGAGCCUGCAGCCGUCAUGCAGACGUUGUCAUUUGUCGAGUGCAAGUUCAAGGACGUAGCUGAGGAUUUUGCGCUAGCGGAGGCGGAGGGGGACUACGACGAAUAUCGGACAGGGCAUAUCGCGUUCUACCGGAAGCAGGAAAACGGCCAUGAGUUUGGCGACGACAGUAUGGUUCUGUGUGAGCGAUUUGAAGUAAUAUACCCGGAGAAGUAA